AUGCCGGUGGUAGAGCCCAUUGCCAUACAUACUUUUAUAAACGGUCUUAAAGACCAAUCGGCCGCAUACCUGGUUAAAUCCAGAAAUCUAAAAACAUUAGUAGGUGCACUUUCCGAUGCGCUAGAAGUACAGCCAUCAAGUUCGUCUUUUGAACCUGUAUUUUGGGCUCGAGGACGUUAUCAAAAUUCGUUUUCUAACUAUAACCGAGGCCAAGGACAUCGAGGUGGCCGAGGUAAUAAUCACAAUAACAAUCGUGGAUAUCAUAAUAGUGGUAACAAUAACCAACAUAACAACAAUCACAAUAAUAACUAUAGGAAUGGUUACAAUGGUUACAAUCGUGGCAACCGACGUAAUAAUUAUCAUAAUAGUGGACACCAGAACCAAAAUUACAACAACCGUAAUAACAACAAUAACAAUGAUAAUGGUAAUAGAAACAACAAUCAGCAUAGAAAUGCAAAUAUGGCUGAAGAAAAGCCAGAGGAGCAACCUCGAGAAGAGGUAAAUGUAGGAGAGUUUUUUUGCGAUUUCGAUCGCGAAGGUUUGAUUCUGAGUGCAGCUGUUGCAUCAACACAAUUUAUCGCAGAGAAGUUCUACGACAUCAAACGAGUUUCAGCUGCUUUGCGCUUUCUGAACAUUAUGACUUUCGAUAUGCAUGGUGCCUGGGAUAACUAUUGUGGUUUGAAUUCGCCUUUGUAUGAAGGAUCGGCAGACAAGACCGACAUCCAGAAGCAGUUGAACGUGAAUGCAAGUAUUCACUAUUGGCUUUCACAAGGCACUCCGAAGGAGAAAAUAAUAUUGGGUAUUCCACUGUUCGGCAGAUCUUUCACCCUCGUCAACCCUGACGAUAACCAAAUUGGAGCUGCCACGAUUGGUCCUGGCAUUGCAGGUCAAUACUCCAGGAAGCCAGGAGUGAUAGGCUACAACGAAUUCUGCGAGAAGCAACAAUCUGAACUGUGGCUGACGCACUUCAACGAAGAACAAAAGGGCGUUUAUGCUACUAGAGGCAAUCAAUGGGUUAGUUAUGAGAUCGCACUAAAGAUGAAAUAUCUGUUGAAUAUGGACCUCGGCGGAGCAAUGGUAUGGGCUUUGGAAAGUGACGAUUUCCUGGGUGUGUGCAACGAUUCAAAUUAUGUCUUGAUGAACACCAUAUACCGUGCUUUACACAAUGGCACUGAGGCACCUACUGUUCCCUACAAUUCCUGCAACAUCUACUACGACAUUGACUUCGGCAUCUGUAACUCCUAAUUAAUGUUCUACAAAGGGGAUGUUUUCGAGUCCAAACUCGUAUCAAGAAUACUAUAAUUGCAUGAGCGAUGGUCGACGUUUCGACUUUGCCUGUCCAGAAGGAUU